AUGAAAACUUUACAAUCUUUUGUCCUCCUAUUCUUCUUCACUAUCUGUCAUAAUGUCGCAACUGGAGUCUACAGCCAGUGUCUCAAAGACCAGCAACUGUCAUUGCUCCAUUUGAAGAAAAACCUCACGUUUCAUGAUGAUGGUUCUCCGGUUUCUUCCAAGUUUGUAUCGUGGGAUUCAAGUACAGACUGUUGUUCUUGGGUCGGUGUUACUUGCAGUAGCAACGGGCGUGUUGUUGGUCUGGACAUUAGCUGCCAGCACAUCUCGGGUGGCAUUGACAGCUCAAGCAGUCUCUUCGAUCUUCAGCAUCUUCAAAGCCUCAACUUGGCCGAUAACACUUUUGUCGAAGGCUUUUGCAUUCCAUCUGCAAUUGGAAAGCUGACAAACUUGAGGUAUCUAAAUUUAUCAAAUGAUUGUGUCCGGAAAAUUCCCGUUGAGAUUUCACACUUGACAAGGUUGGAGGUCCUUGAUAUUUCUCAAAGUUACUAUAACUGGGCCAGCAAGCCACUUGAAAGCCCGAAGUUCAGCAUGCUCUUUCAGAACCUCACAGAGCUUACAGAGCUUCAUCUUGACGGUGCAGACCUAUCAGCAGAGGGGAGUCAUUGGUGCCAAGCGAUAUCAUCUUCGCUGCCAAACCUAAGGGUGUUGAGCUUGUCGCAAACUACUAUUUCAGGUCCUAUCGAUCAAUCCCUCACUAAGCUUCAGUCUCUAUCCGUGAUUCAAUUGGGUGGUUUUCGCAACAAUAUCUCCGGUCCGAUUCCAGGAUUCUUUGCCAAGUUUUCAAACCUGACAGUGUUGAACUUGGACGAAAACAAUAUCUCUGCUCCGGUUCCAGGAUUCUUUGCCAAUUUUUCAAAGUUGACUACCUUGAGUCUACGUGACUGUGGGUUACGUGGAACAUUUCCGAAGCAGAUCUUUCAGGUACCUACUCUACAAACUCUUGACCUUUCCUCUAAUACGGAACUUCAUGGUUCCUUGCCAGAAUUUCCCAAGAAUGGAUCUCUUCGAUCCUUGAUUUUAAGCGGGACAAGCUUUUCAGGGUUAUUGCACGACUCUAUUGGCAACCUCAACAUGUUGUCAACACUAGACCUUUCCGGAUGCAAUUUCACUGGAUCAAUCCCAAAGUCAAUCGGAAACCUAACGAAAUUGGUUAAUUUACUCCUGUCAUCAAACAUGUUUAAUGGUCCAAUUAGUUCUAUUCACUGGGAAAACCUUAUUAAUCUGGUAAAUCUCUGUUUGUACGACAAUCAACUGGUGGGGAGCAUUCCGUCGUCUCUGUUUUCUCUUCCCUUGUUGCCGUACUUAGUACUUUCCAAUAAUAAUUUCUCCGGGCAACUCCUUGAAAUUUUUAACGUCUCUUCCAGUUUAGUUGCUUUAAUUGAUUUGAGUUUCAAUAAUUUGGAAGGACCAGUACCCGUGUCUAUCUUUAAUUUUCGAGGGCUUGAAACCCUCACUCUUUCUUCAAACAAUUUCAGUGCCUUUCCUUUUAAUGGUCCUCAUCAGCUGCCAAAUCUGGCGGAGAUUGAUCUUUCGCACAAUAGCUUGCUGGUUUUAUACAAUGGCAGCAAUUCCUCAUACUCUUCAUUUCCUCAAAUUGUUUAUUUCAAUUUAGUUUCUAACAAGUUGAGAACAUUCCCAGUUUUCUUGAGAAAUCAAACCUAUUUAACAGAGUUGGACCUUUCGAACAACCAAAUUCAAGGCCAGCUACCCAAUUGGAUAUGGAAGCUCGAUUCUCUUGAUUACCUAAAUGUUUCUAAUAAUGCCUUGGAAAGUCUCGAAGGUCCUUUCAUCAACUCCACAUCUCAUGUGUCUGAGCUUGACCUUCAUUCAAACCAGCUUAAGGGGCCAAUUUCAAUUGUCCCACCACAUGCCGAAUAUCUGGGUUACUCAAACAAUCAUUUCAGUUCUAGUAUUCCAGUAUCAAUAUGCAACGCAAGUGGUCUUCGCACUCUUGAUUUGUCCAGUAAUUCUCUGAGUGGUGAGAUUCCCCAGUGCUUGGCUGCAAUGAGCACACUCAUGAUACUUAAUGUCAGGAAAAACAACAUUACUGGAAUGAUUUCUAAUCUUGAAUUUCCUGAGUCAUUAGAAGCUCUAGACCUCAGCCAAAAUCAGAUUGAAGGUCAAUUUCCAAAGUCUCUAGCCAGGUGCACAAGUUUAAUAUUUUUAAACCUUGCAGAGAAUCAUAUAACAGACACCUUCCCAUGCUUGUUGAAGAAUAUCUCCACCUUGAUGGUUCUUGCUUUGAGGUCCAACAAUUUCUAUGGAGGCAUUGGAUGUCCAGUAGUGAAGACCCAUGCCGCUUGGCCGGUUCUUCAAAUCGUAGACUUAGCUUACAAUAAUUUCAAUGGUGAAGUACCAGGAUUCUCUCUGACAACAUGGCAAGCAAUGAAGGAUAACACAGAUAUUGGUUUCCCGUCGACAGUCAAUGUUUCUAGAAACCCUUAUAAAAGAAGGGAAUAUUCUUAUGGGUUUGUUACAUCCCCUUUUAACAAAGCGGUUGUAGUAAUUUCUUAUCAGCCUACUAUUUCUUAUGAGCCUGCUAUGACGAUUACAAGCAAAGGUGAAAUCCCAUCGUCAUUUGGUAACAUGCGACAACUCGAGUCCUUGGACCUGUCACAGAACAAGCUGAGCGGGCAAAUCCCAGAACAACUGGCAAAGCUUAAUUUCCUUGCAGUUCUGAAUCUCUCGAAUAAUCAACUUGUCGGCAAGAUCCCAGCUGGUACUCAAAUUUCAACAUUUCCAAGAGACUCAUUUACAGGGAACAAAGGAUUAUGGGGGCCUCCGCUGACGAUGGAUAAUAAAGCAGGACUGUCACCACCACAAACAUCAAAUGGAAGCCAUCCAUAUUCUACAGAUGAGAUUGAUUGGGAUCUUAUUAGUGUCGAAAUUGGAUUUGUAUUUGGCUUUGCAGUUGCCGUUGGGUCACUUGUGUUCUUCAAGAGAUGGAGUAAAUGGUAUUAUAGGUCUAUGUAUAAAAUCCUUGUGAGGAUAUUCCCUCAGCUUGAAGAAAGAAUUGGUCCUCAUCGAAGACAUAUUCACAUAAAUAAGAGGUGGAGACGUUGA